AUCUCCCCACCCCUCCAGCUUUUCUUGAUCUGAAGUGAGGUAGGUAUAUAUAGAAAAAUGGGGAGGUCAGCAUGCUGUGAGAAGGUGGGGUUGAAGAAAGGGCCAUGGACUCGUGAGGAAGAUGAGAAGCUAUUAGCUUAUAUACAGCAACAUGGGCAUGGAAGCUGGAGAGCUCUCCCUCCUAAAGCUGGGCUGCAGAGAUGUGGGAAAAGCUGCAGAUUAAGGUGGACAAACUAUUUGAGGCCAGACAUUAAGAGAGGGAAGUUCAGCUUACAAGAAGAGCAGACCAUCAUUCAGCUUCAUGCCCUUCUUGGUAACAGAUGGUCCGCCAUAGCAAGUUGCUUAUCAAAAAGAACUGAUAAUGAAAUAAAAAACUAUUGGAACACGCAUUUAAAGAAAAAAUUAAUUAAAAUAGGACUCGAUCCCAUAACUCAUAAACCUAAGUACCACGCCCUCGAUUGCAAUCAACCCAAGGACAUUGCCAACCUUAACCACAUGGCGCAAUGGGAAAGUGCUCGGCUUGAAGCCGAAGCUAGAAUCAUUAGUGAGUCCAAGCUGAUAUCCGAUGUCUAUCACUCUACCGCAACUCCUCCACCACCACGACCACCACUGCUUGCACCACCUCCACCGCCACGACCAUCAUGUUUAGACGUACUAAAAGUAUCGCAAGGGGCAUGGGGAACUCCAAGAAAAGGCGUUACCAUAACGAACUCUAACGGUUUUUCCACCACCAACGCAGCCCUCACAUCCGUGUCAUCAAUGUUAAAAUUUUCAGACACCAUGCUCUCCGCAUCCAUAGAUGGAGUUAUCCAUGAACAUUCAUUUGCAUCAGACAUCAUAAAUUACGUCGAAAGCCCUGGUGCAUGUGCAAUUGGUAGGAUUACCAGUGAGAACAAUCAAGAUGGAUAUCAGGUGAAGGGCAUAAUGGAUAAUUCUCUGCAGAUUCAUGACAUGGUUGCUGAUUGGUUGAGGUUUCCAAGCUUCUUGGAGGGCUUCACGGAUCUGCAAUCUGGCAGUGUCGUCACUGGACCUGCUGAUAAUGCUGUGUCUGAAGAUAACACCAAUAGCUACUGGAAUAACAUUCUACUACCGUCGACUCACAAAUGGAUUCGCCCGUGA